AUUACAUCAAUAUCAUGAGCUCACAAUUUAAUCUGGACGCAUUACCAUAUGUCGACAAACAAAUCGAUGAACCAGGUGUUCGCACCAUGGUUGACAAGCUGAUUGCAGCAGAGAUGAAGCGCAUGCCAAAACCUCGUGACCCUGCCUCUCUUUUCUCGGAUAUCGAGCUCUUCAAAGCGGAUGAACUUUUGCAGCAGGAACUGGAGCGUGUUCGUAAAGGCAGACCAAUGGAAACAUUGGAUUUCUCUCGCUAUCGUCUUGAUCCGCCUACAGCAUCAGCAACAGCAUCAGCAACAGCAUCAUCAUCUACUUCGUCAUCAACCACAGGAUCAGAUUCGACUUCUGCAAUAGAAGGCGGUAUAUCUGCCACAUCCACACCUUCUGCAUCUGAGGAAUUACCCGAAGGACGUAAACUAUGGCUCGAAGCCCUUGAUAAUGCGAAUGCGCAGCUGGAGCAUCAAAGUCAACGGAUCCUUAACCUGGAAUUAAUUCAAAAGUUUGGAAGCAAUGCUUGGAAUGUUCAUAAUUAUCAAAUGGAAUACGAUCUUAGCUUACUUCGGAAAGCUGUUGAUGAAAAACGAUCUGAAGUUGUGGAGCUAAACAAGCUGCGAAAGCGCGAUCAGACGGAGAUUGCAGAGUCGCUGCAAAGGCUCGAGGCCAAAUGGGCGGAGCUAAUUAGCUCAACGUUACAAGUUGAAGUCGCUAGCACAUCUUUGGAGGCAGAACUCGCACAACUGAAAGAAUACGAAGCCAAAUUGAGUAAGGACCUUGGUGUAUCCCUCUCUUAACUAUCUAAGUCAUAGAGCUUUUAUGUUACAUUAAAUCUUCAGCAUUUGAGAGG